CGCCAGUCAGGAGCUUUUUCACACGAUCUCACGGCGUUCAUUUUGGAAGGCGGAUUUCCCGACGGUCACAGAUUAAAAUACGUGAAAGAGCAUAUGUGUAUGAACGGGAAAGGGGACACGCAGGAUGGUUCGGGAAACCAGACACCUUUGGGUGGGAAAUUUACCCGAACAUGUUCGAGAAGAAAAGAUUGUUGAACAUUUUAAACGGUAUGGGCGAGUGGAGAGUGUUAAAGUCCUCCGCAAGCGGGGUUCCGAGGGUGGCGUGGCAGCCUUUGUGGAUUUUGUUGACAUCAAAAGUGCUCAAAAGGCUCACAAUGCAGUCAACAAAAUGGGGGACAGAGACCUUCGCACUGAUUACAAUGAACCUGGCUCAGUCCCUAGUGCUGUGCGGGGACUGGAUGACAACCCCCCUUCUAGCAGUCAUGGGAGGGAAGUUGCGGGUUUCUCAAGGGGUGCUGUGGGGCCCGUGUACGGACCCCCGGUGUCUCUCCACACCAGAGAGGGACGCUAUGAGCGCAGAUUAGACGGCAGCUCAGACAGUCGGGAUCGAGCAUACGAGCACAGUCCUUAUGGACACCAUGAACGCGGUGGCACUUUUGAUAGGCCGCGGCACUACAACACAGACUAUUACCGUGACCGCACCAUGUUUGCCUCUGGGGUCAGCUCCAGCCCAGCAGUUAGUGCAAUUAGUGGGGGAUUUGAUACCCCAGAGUCUCAUUUUGAGCCCCGAAUCCGUGAUCCCUUCACCUUGUCCACCUCUGCCCGUCGGGACCCCUACCGUGAUGACAGGGGCCGGCGUGUUGAUAGGACCUACCAUCAUCGCCGCAGCAGGUCCUCUCACUCCUCACAGUCAAGGCACCCCUCUCCCCAAAGGACCACUGCGCAGACUCCCAAAGCUCCUCACUCCCCCAAAAGAGCUCCAGUCUCUCCAGGCAGAGGGCCCCGCUCACGGUCCCGCAGCCGAUCAUCCAGCUCGGAUUCAGUCAGCAGUACCAGCAGCACUGGUAGUGGCAGCAGUGACUCUAACAGCAGUUCUAGUGAGGGGUCCCGAGCACGCUCAGUUCAGUCUGCAGCCACACAUGCCCCUCCAGCUCCUCCUCCAUUAUCUUUGGACUGUGAUGAGCCACGUAGAAGCUUUGGCAUUAGGGUUCAGAACCUUCCUGUGCGAUCCACAGACACAAGUUUAAAGGAUGGACUUUUCCAUGAAUUUAAGAAAUAUGGGAAGGUGACAUCUGUGCAGAUACAUGGAGCAUCAGAGGAACGGUAUGGCUUGGUCUUCUUCAGACAGCAAGAAGACCAGGAGAAAGCUCUUAGUGUAUCCAAAGGAAAGCUCUUCUUUGGUAUGCUGAUUGAGGUGACUGCCUGGAAUGGCCCUGAGACGGAAAGUGAGAAUGAGUUUCGCCCUUUGGAUGGGAGGAUAGACGAGUUUCACCCGAAGGCUACUCGGACAUUGUUCAUUGGAAAUCUGGAGAAGACGACCAACUAUCAGCAACUACUCGAUGUAUUUCAGCGCUUUGGCGAGAUAGUGGAUAUUGACAUUAAGAGGGUUAAUGGCGUUCCUCAAUAUGCCUUUGUGCAAUACUCUGAUAUUGCCAGUGUGUGUAAAGCCAUCAAGAAAAUGGAUGGGGAGUACUUGGGCACCAACAGACUCAAGCUUGGUUUCGGCAAGAGUAUGCCUACGACUUGUGUGUGGUUAGAUGGUCUGUCAUCUAACAUCACAGAGCAGUAUCUCACAAGACACUUCUGUCGCUAUGGACAUGUGGUCAAGGUUGUUUUUGACAGAAUAAAAGGGAUGGCUCUUAUUUUGUAUAACAACACUGAUUUUGCACAAGCUGCUGUAAGAGAGACCAAAGGAUGGAAGAUUGGUGGCAACAAAGUUAAGGUUGAUUUUGCCAGUCAGGAGAGUCAAAUGGCAUUCUAUCGCUCUAUGCAGGCAUCAGGACAAGAUAUCCGUGACUUCUAUGAAAUUCCCUCAGACAGAAGAGAUGAUCGAAGACCUCCAUAUCAUGACUUCUCAGCUGAAAGAGCAUACUACGAGAAUGUUAGGACCCCAGGAAUUUAUGCUGAGGAUCCCCGGCGAGACUAUGCUGCUCGCAGUCGUGAACGUUAUACAGAAUUAGACCAUUACCAAGGUGAUCACUAUGAUCCACGCUAUCAUGAAGAUCCUCGCGAAUACAGAGAUUAUCGGGAUCCCUUUGAGCAGGAUAUCAGAAAGUACAGCUACAUUCAGCGGGAACGUGAGCGAGAACGUGAGCGUUUUGAGGCUGAUCGUGGCAGAUGGAGCCCAUCCCAUCAACGCCGACCCAUAACCCCUUCUGUCUCCCCUUCUCCAUCUGACCGUGUCUCAAGAGAAGCAGAACGCCGUGCAUAUAGGCAUUCUUCUGAGAGAAGUGGCAGCUGCAGUUCCUUAUCACCAACACCUCAGUUUGAAAAGCCAGAAAAGUCUCCAGUGGAUUACAAGACCGAGAGUCUUGAGAGGGAAAUGGAGCAGGCUGAGGCAGAUCGUGUAAUUGGGGCUGAGAAGAACAAGCGUGGCAGGCGCAAGGAUAAAGCAGAAAGAGAGAAGGGAGAGAAAUUAAAGUCACGAAGGGGCAAAGUGCAGUCCCCUAGCAUACCUCUGCCUGAAGCAGACAGGGAACCCAGUCAGGAUUCAAAUUCUGGAAAAAUAAAAGUUUCAGAUGUAGAUGGUUCAGAGAGGCAAAGACAUAAAGUUGAAAGUGAACCACCCCCUUCUGAUCCAAUGUGUCGCCUUGAACCGCUAAAAGGGGAAAAACUUGAUGCAAGUAAAUGUGAGCCAGUGGACCGGGAUAGCAAAGGAAGAUCAAAAAAGCAUCUAAAACCUGACCCUGGAAAUGAAGGAAAAGAACCCCUUUUGGAUUCUGAUAGACUUGCAGCAAGAAAAAGACGUUUUGGUGAUCCCAGUAGCAAAGCCAUAAGACAGAAAAGAGGUCGCCUUGAAGAUGAACAGAGUAGUGGGAUUAGCCAAACUGCAGACUUAAAUGUAUCUGUUGCAAAAGAGGCAGAAGGUGAUGUGAAAAUGUUAGAAAAAGAGACACAGAAAAGGGAACAUUCUAAGUUCAAAUCUGAGAAACUGGCUUGUCAUUUGAAUCAAAGGGAAGAGUUGGAUCCCAGUGUGAAAGCUGAACCUCAGACUUCGUCUGUACCCCAAGGAGACCAUUCUGAAUGCAACACAGAGUCUUUAGAUUCAAAAUCUCAACCUGGACCAAGCAUACCAAGACGAUUCUCCAGUGAUGGAACCCCAGAAAAGGACAACAAAGGCAGGGAAGAGUAUUUGGAUAUAGAUCUUUCUCAGAGUUAUCGCAAGCAAAUGGAGCAGAACCGAAGGCUUCGCCAGCAGCUCCUAGAGCCUGACAAGCCAGGAAAACCAGAAACUCCACAGUGUGUGGACACAGAAGAUUUUGAACAUCGUAGCUUGGUGCAUGAGGUAGGAAAACCACCACAGGAUGUCACUGAUAAUUCUCCACCAAGUAAAAGUAAGAAACAGGAGCAAUUUGACAUGGAUGUAAGUGCAAAGAGAGAGCGUGUAUACCGGAUUUUCCGGUCAAAGAAUGAAGACUCAGAAUGGAACAGUACAAACUCUCCAAGAUUUCAGCAUGCCUCUCAGCAAGCAGAGGAAGAAUAUACAGACGUUCCCCAUUUAAUCACUGUCAAAGAUGUAAAAGAACUACCUAAAUCUGAGGAUAAUGCUCAUCCAGAUCUGGAGCUUGCAAGUAAACGAGUACAACCCCCACAGGUGUCCAAGCUAAGCACACCUCUACAGGAUGAGCAGCAGAGACGCUGGGAGAGUCGUUUAAAACAGGACUUAUUACCUGACUUUUCAAGGAGCUCAGAAAAGAGACGACUAAAUCGGAAAUAUUUAGAAUAUGGACUUUGGCCUGAUUUGGAGCCCGGUGAGGUACGCUCCGAUUCUGAGGAGGAUAGAGAACACAAACCAAAUUCUCCUAUUCCUUCAACCUCAGUAUCUCUUCCGGAACGGCAACGUGGGGAUAGAUUAUUAGAAUCAAAACUAACAACUCCACUGGAGAGGAACAAGUUCUGUUCGUUUGCACUUGAUCAGACAAUCACUCCAGAUACUAAAGCUUUGCUAGAGCGUGCAAAAUCUUUGUCCUUCUCGAGAGAAGACAGUUGGUCUUUUCUGGAUGGUGACACACAUUUUCCUAAUUUGAGAAGUAGAAAGGAUACGGAAAAGGUUGAACCAACACCGCGACCAACGCCUUCGUGGUACAUGAAAAAGAAGAAAAUUCGAAGCGAAUCUGAGGAUAAACUAGAUGACCGAAAAGAAGAUCCUAAGCCAGAAGACCAAGAACGAAGAGAACUCUUUGCUUCUCGCUUUCUUCACAGCUCAAUUUUUGAGCAAGACUCGAGACGUCUUCAGCACCUGGAACGAAAGCAUGAAGACCCACAAUACGGUAUGGGCUAUCCAGCUGCUCAGCAAGGCCAAACUGAGCCUGAUUCUGAACCGGUGGUACUCUUCCAUGAUCGCUUUUUGGAGUUAACAAGGCUGCAGCAGCAGAAGGGAAAAGACCAGUCUCAGCAAGAGUCCAAGAAAGAAGAAAGUGUGGACGAAAGAGCUACUGAUAAAACACAGGAGGAAGAACAACCUCCUCAGCAGCAUGGUACUGUUGAACCUGACACACAGCAAACAGAGAUUAAACCAAUCAGCCCGGUACAAGCCACUCAGGCAAGUCCUGUCCAGACCCUUCAUGUAAAUGCUACACAAGAAAUUCAGAUUACACCACCUAUCUUAACAGUUAAAGAAAUGUCCCCACAACUAGAGUCAGGAAAUGUUGAAACUUCUCCUAAGGAACUUGGUGCUACAAUAAAAGAAGAAGAAAAGCAGCCUGAACAGCUCUUUGUUCCUCAGUUACAACUGGUGCCUCAAGAAUCCUCAAACAGCUCAGAAUGCCAGGAGUCUAAGACUUCAGUUAAUGAGACCAAAAUGAGCCCAUCUAAUGAAUUGGAAAUAACGUAUGACGGAGAUGUUGAGCAUUUUUCGAACAGUGAGCCACUGGCCACUGAGACACAAGUGAGCUAUGAAGCAGAAGCUGAGUCACAGUCAGAGCUCCCUGAACUACAAAACUCUCUUUCCCCUAUGAUUGUAGAUGAAGGUGAAAGAUUAGAGAAACCAGAGCCUGUGGCCAUAGGAGUCGAACCUCCAGCCAAAGAAGUUGAUCAAAAAUGUGCUGAGAGUUUUGCAGUUGAGGAACCAAUUUCUCCUCCUCCAAGGUCAAGAAAUAAGAAGGCUAAAGCUUCCCCUACAACACCAGUAGCCUCUUUGAGCUCACCAAACACACCAGAUAAGCAAAGCACACGAAAAAGUGAGCGCAUUGAUAGAGAAAAACUUAAACGUUCAUCUUCUCCAAGAGGCGAGUCUUCUAAAGCAGUUUCAGAUACUAAGUCAACUGGCAAAUCUCCUAUACAUAGCCCUGAUACAGAGCAAGGUAUAGAACAAAAUGUACUUCCUGUAAGGGCAAGGCGUAGGAAUGUACGUUCUGUUUAUGCCACCCCAAUUGAAGAUGAAUCUGCUCCACAAACUGGCAAAGACGUCGAAUCACCUCGUGGUGCACGCAAGCGCGGUUUAGACAAAGAUGGACAACAACCUGAACCAGAUGGCAUUACCGCACCAGCAACAUCAAGACGUGGACGUCCACCUAAGAAUCGGCGCCAAGGAGAGGAUUUUUCAACUGGAAAGAGUGAGCGGUCAAAAAUAACCGAGACCAAAGAGGUAGAUAUUGGUGAAAUUGGAAACAUUGAAGCAGUCACUAAAGUAGGUAAAGGCAAACACACUCCCCACUUACAAAGAGCUAAUCAAGUUGGUACCUCUGUGUCAGGAUUAGGGAAAAAAGGAGAUAAAAUGUCUGAGGCUUGUAUUCAAAGGGUAGAUCCUUCUGAGAUGGACAUGGACUCUCAGGAAAGCACUAUCCAGCAUGAUGGUGAUCCUUCCAUGGAAAAUGAGUCAAAGGAGGAACACGUAUUGCAAAAUUCAGAAACAAAACCGGAGAAAGACACAGUGACUCAAAUGGAAAGGGCCACUGGAAGCCAAGAAAAACUAACAAAUCCUAUUCAUGAGCACUCAACUUUUGAUAAAAGUGGAAGAACAAAGCCAACUCGACUAAACCGCAAUCCAAAACUAAUGACGGAAGAUAAAUCUGUUUUUCUCAGAAAUCUCAGAAUCAGGCUUGAUGUCACAGAAGUAAAAGCAAUGCUUCAGACAGGAGAGGAUGAUUCUGGACAGGAUCAUUCUAAAAAAAAUAUGCCAAGUAUAUCUCCAAAAGAUCAGAUACUAGAACCUAGAGUUGAGAAAGAUGUUUUGGAGAAUGACAGUGAAGUUAAAGAAGAGUCUGUAACUCCUCCCACAAAGGUCAAGGAUCCCCAUGAGGCAUUGUUAUCCCAGCAGAUGGAGCUGGAACAAGCUGUUGAGAACAUUGCCAAGCUUACAGAAGACUCUACUCCACUUCAGUGUAAAAGCCCAUCAGAGCCACAGCCUCCUUUAUCCCAAGUUGUAGAGGAGCCUGAAUGUGAACCAGAGGAAGAAAAACCUGCAAAUCCUGCUAGUGAAACUGAACUUGCUGCUGCUAUUGAUUCCAUUACUUCUGAAGACACGUCUUGCAGCCUAACACAAGACCAAGGAAUCAUGGACUCUGAUGUUCAAACCAUGGGCCCAGAUGCUAAAGUUGCUGAAAGUAAUAACUCGGGUACUGUCCAAGAGGACAGUAAUACAGGAACACCAAGGAAAGGGGGUAAAGGCAGAGCAAAAGCCCAGAAGAGGGCCAAAGGUCAAAAGGCUGCUGUGAACAAAAAGGAAGCAAACAAGGAAAUACAGGACACCGAGAGACUUUGUGUUAAAUCUCCUGAAUGCAUACCUGCAGAGUUGCCAACUGUCGCAGAGAUUUCCUCACCAGAUACUGGUGCUGUGAUCACUCCCUCAACUAAGCUGGAUCAGAGUUCAACAGCAAAUGUCUCUGAUGCUGUUAAAAUGACAGAGGUCCCACUUAAAGAACAAUCUGACUUGCCCAAACCAUCUUGUCAGGCAUCUAACAAAAGCCCAACAUCUCUCAAGCCACAUCCUCACCCUUAUGAGUGCACAUCUCCCUCUCUUUCCCCCACAAGCAUUUGCCUUAAGCCACAUCAAAGUAGACUUCCAGUUUCCCCUACUGAGAGGUUGACUAAGGAGACUGCAUUACUGUCCCCUUCAGUGACACCUGUGGCUUCAUUAGAAAAUCCAACAUUGCUCUCUGAUUCUGCCCAUGAUGCCAAUACCAGUGAUUUACGUAAAAUUCUCACAAAACCAAGAAGUAUUCCAAACCCAGAUAUUGGUGCUACACCUGGAACCAUGCAUGCAAGGGAGAGUGAUGCCAAGAGUACAGCACAUGAACAGAGGCAGUCUUCUAUUUCAGCCCAGCCCAUAGUUCGACCACCAGCUUCCCUACCAUCCCCAGAAACAAAAGUCUUUAGUGAGAAGUCUGUGAUUUCUGUCAUUGCCUCCACUGCUACUUCUGUGAUCAGUCGAGUUUGCAAUCCUUCUGAGUCUGAGGAGAAGCCCAGUAUUCCUAUGGGAAAUCCUUUUGUGGACAAGCAGCCUUCAAAACAGAUGUAUCAGCCCAGCAUAGAGGAAAGUAGCACUUACCACUUACCACCAGUUGGAGAAGAAGGUGGAAAUGCAGGUCGCUAUAUAGUGGAGAGCACAUCCCUGAGUACAGGUCCUAGUACAGGCCUCAGAGUGAACACCUCAGAAGGAGUUGUAGUGCUGAGUCACUCUGGUCAGAAAAUUGAGGGACCACAUCGGAUUAGUGCCAAGAUCAGUCCGAUCCCACCCCCUAGUGCAGUAGACAUAGAAUCCCAGCAGCUGGUAUCCAUGCCCCAGAUUAAGCAGGAACUUUACAGUUCUUCUCAGCCUGCUACUCCUAAGGGUUCUCUGCCUCCCUCUGACCACAGUCAUUCCCUGAAGUCACAGCCUGUCUCCUCUAUUAAGCAAGAAUCUGUACUGGACAAAUUGGACCCAUACCCUCCAGUUCAAAGUGGAGUUGUUAAAAGACUACAGCAAACACCUGGACCUUCUCAAGUAAUGGGUUUCCAUCAUUCAGAAUAUGCAAUGCUAAUGAAGCAUCCCAAGAAAGGUGAAGUAAAUGAGCCCGUUAAAGUAGACACUGUGAAAUCUGCAUGGGUGUCAACUAUUAGCCCUGCCAUAAGCCCUCACCUUUCCUCUCCAGGUGGUAAUCAUGUUGGGUUUAUAUCAGGCACACCUACAGAGAGAGCACCAUCACAUAUUCAGCCCAAGCAGGAACCACGUUCCCCACGAAAAUCUGGACACCCUCCUUCCCCCUUUGCUAAAGUGUCUUCUCCUAUUGGCUCCUCAUCACCCAAAGGUGUAUCUAUGGUCUUGCCAACUGGUUUGCCUGCAAUAUCUCAGUAUGUUCCCAGUGUUCAUCACUCUGAGCAGUCAGUGAUCAUGCCUCCUCACAGCACACAUGGUAAUCUUGGAAGAAUGUCGCCUCACCGGGUUAGUCAGGCCAUUCCCAUCAGUCACCUUUCUCAGGGAGAAGUAAGAGUUAAUACACCUCCACUGCCAAUGAUGAACUAUGGUAUUCACUCUGAGGGCCUUGCCUCAACCUGGCCUUCUGGUCAGCAACGCCCUACAUCUCCCCAGGCUGUGGGAAACAGAGAAAUGGUCCUCAAAGUCAACCCAGGAAAUUCCAGAGGUCAUGAAGGAGGUGAGGAAGAAGCGAGACGUUUUCAUCAAGCACUUGGAAGAUCAUCAGCAACUCAGCUAAAAUCGGAGACUCUACCUGCAGGAUACCGUGGGUCUCUUCACAGUGAACUGUCACUGGAACGAUUUAACAUGUCAAGAGAUAUGCGAAUGCUUAUGCACCACCAGCAGGGGGAGCGUCCCGCUGCAGAGCUGCACCAGGGGCACAUUGCUGAAGUUGUCCCUCCCACCUCAACCCCUACCAGCAUUACAGCGUCUUUGUCUCCUCGAGCACAUCUUUUACCCAAAGGUGUGUCUGACAAGGAUCCUUUGAAGCAGUCUGAACUGAAGAGGUCCACAUCACCCUCUGGAAAAGAUGGAAUGAUGGGAAUUCGUGGUUCUGUGCCUGCCAUGGCUUCACCUCAACGGGUACAGUUGAUCCCAUCGGGUGCUGUUCCAGCCUUUUCUGAGUAUUCAACCAUGUACACGAACUUGCGCACAGUCCACUCCCAGUAUCCUGAUGGUUCACCUCUGGGUAUUAGCCAACCACCUCGCAACAUCACACCCUCACAGGGUGUUCAAGAAUCAGAUCACAGUCAGCCACAGCCUGAAGGGAACAUGGAGCAUGUUGGACACCAACAAGUCAACAUGGUACAGCUUCUAACUAAGUACCCAAUUGUGUGGCAAGGCCUGUUGGCACUGAAGAAUGACACCGCUGCUGUCCAGCUGCAUUUUGUAUGUGGAAACAAGUCUCUUGGCCUGAGGUCACUUCCCUUGCCAGAAACUGGUGCUCUCCUCCGUAUUGUCCAGAGGAUGAGAUUGGAGACACCACAGCUUGAAGGAGUAGCUCGCAGAAUGACUGGUGAAAGUGACUUCUGCCUCCUGUUGGCCAUGCCAUGUGGCCGAGAUCAGGAGGAUGUCGUGAGCCAGACACAAGCCCUGAAAUCAGCCUUCAUCAACUAUUUGAAGGCCAAGCUUGCUGCAGGCAUCAUCAAUGUACCCAAUCCUGGUUCCAAUCAGCCUGCCUACGUGUUGCAGAUUUUCCCACCAUGCGAGUUUUCACAGAGCCAUCUGUCACGUCUUGCUCCGGACCUCCUCAGCCAGAUCUCCAGUAUCUCCCCUCACCUUAUGAUUGUCAUCACAUCGGUGUGAUUCUGAAUUCCUUAAACCAAGCUCUGCGCACCUCAAAUUUCACAUCAGUGGAUAUCUUUGCAUCUACAGCGCCAAGACACUGAUCUCUGGAGACAUUAGUGUCCUAUGUUCGGAAUCGUAACUUCUACAUAUCAGUCUUUUUGCCUCUAGUCCAUCUUUCUUCUGAUGGUCCUCUCUCCCCAAACAGGUCUACCUGCAACACUACUCCAGAUUAUGUACAAGCUAAUUUGACCAUUUCUCUGCUGUAUUUGUAUUUAUUGGUGAAUUUUUAUUUUUACUCAUGGAAGUUCUUUGGGAAAUCAGGAUGUUUGAAGAACAAGGGGGGGGAAAGAGGCAAACAAGUGACGGAGUGGAUGACUUUCUUCCUUCAGUGAUUUUUGGUUCUAUUAAUUUUUUUAAAAAGGUGGAUCAUAGAGAUCAUUGUAACAGACUAAUCAGUUUUUAAGUAGUCAUGCACAUGGGUCAGUGCUCCCUACUGGGAAGAAAUAACAUUUGAGAAUGUAUGUUUCAGGGGAUUUACUCAUCAGCCUUGCUAUGUCACUCACUUUGCUAAUGCAGAUUACAGUAGGCUCAUCCACUGACUGAGCAGCAGACAGAGCUGUGGGACUCUGGAGUUUUUGAAUUGCAGGACUGUAAAUAUUUUAAAUAUUUAAAACCUUGGCAAGUUGGCUUAAACCCAGGAGAGUUGCCCUUUUAUUAUUCUCAACCAUGGAACUAAUACCUGAAAGCAAGGGAAGAGAUGAGCGAAGAACAUCGACAUAAAAACCGAACUUAAAUUUGUUAUGUAAAUACCGAAGACUUGUGGGCUGGCAGCUCUUGCAAGGGUUUGUUGCGGGCACUUCAAAUUUUCUUACUCAAAUAAAGAAAAAAAGAAAAAAACAUCCAGAAAACUUGAAUAUAACAGUCA